AUGUUUGCCUCCAAAUUAGUGUCUACAAUUGCAGUUCCUUGGACAAAACCCAAACCUGAACUGAAAGCCUCUUCAGAAGAGGAACCUGGUUCUUUUAACCAUUCUGAGAGGGUUAACUCUGAAGGAAAUGAAAUAAACUCUGAUGAUGAUGUUAUAUUGAGAACACAGAGGUAUGGGGGUGCUAAGCAGAUGAGAAAGGGGGAAAGCAGGAGAAAAUAUCUCACAGACAGGAAGCCUGCUUCUAAACAAAGAAAAAGACCUCUUGCUACAAGGCAGAAGUCUCAGGCAAGAUUAGAUUUUGCCUUACUGGUUAACAAAGCAAAGACGAUUGCUAAGAGGCGGAGGAGAGUACAUCUGGCAAAUUUGAGUAAGUUGAGGAAUGAAGAAGAAGAAGUCAUUAUUGUGUCUGAUGAAGAAGAAGAAGAAGAAGAAGAAGAGGAAGCCACCUUGGUCAGGAAAGACUCCAAAAGUAAAAGAACGUCAGUGGCUGUUGAGAAGAAAACUGUGGCUGAAGAAGGUGAUGAAAGUGAAAAGGAAUAA